AUGGGUAAGAGAAAAAAUAACAAGAAAAUCAUUAUUCGUCCUUGGUGUUGGUAUUGUGAACGAGAUUUUGAAGAUGAAAAAGUGUUGAUUCAACAUCAAAAGGCGAAACAUUUUAAGUGUCCACAGUGUAAUAAAAAACUUAAUACUGCGGGUGGUAUGGUUGUGCAUGUUGCUCAAGUACAUAAAGAAACAAUUGAUAAAGUUCCAAAUGCAAACAAAGGAAGAGAUUCUACUGAUGUUGAAAUUUUCGGUAUGGAAGGGAUUCCACAACAAGAUUUAAUAGCUCAUCAACAAGCAAUUGAAAGUGGCCAACCAAUCAAAAAGAAUAAAAUGGAAGAGCCAGUUGAAUUUUCCAGUCAAGAAAUUAAAAAACGUCUUGCUCAACAUCAAGUUAUGAUGCAAAAUGCUCCUUCAAUUACUACUGCAGCAGCUGCUACUAUCAAUGCUACUAUUAAUGCCGCUGCACAGCAACAACCUUUCUCCUUUUCUUCACCUGCUUAUCCAACUUCGCAAUCUCAAGCCAUUGCAUCAUCAUUAAUGCCUCAUCAAUAUAGUCACUUCUAUCAAAGACCUAAUACAUAUCAUCCAUAUCUCAACGCAACUCCAUUGUAUGGUGGUGCCACACAACAUUCGUACGUUCCAUCGAAUCAACAACCAUCUGCAACUAGUGUAUUUCCACAUCGUCCAAUAGUUUCAAAUGUUUCCACUGCCACUGCCGCUGCCUCGUCACCACAAAUCUAUCCUCAUCUUCACCAUAAUCCACAUGCUGCCUCUGGUCAACCUUUUACUGCCGAAAAACGUGCAGAACAUGAAAAAUAUCGAUUUAAUGAGGAACUAUUUAAAAAACAGGCACAACUAUAA